AUGGAUGUCCCUGAGCCCGAACAGUCACCUUUCACGGCCGUGUCCGUCCACACGUCGAAAAUCACUCGGCAAUACCAAGCGUACCUCGAUGCCUCGACCCCAUACACAACCUACCGCUGGGUAGGCUCCGGUGUGCUUUUGUUCCUCUUCUUCCUGCGCAUUGUCUUUGCGCAGGGCUGGUAUAUCGGUACGUUCAAGAAAUCCUCCCGAGAGACGGAAAUGGGAAGGCGAUACACAAGCGCCGUCAAAUUCAGCGACAUCCAUCUGGCCUAUACUCUCGGAAUCUACCUUCUGAACCUCUUCCUUGCUUUCCUGACCCCCAAGUUCGACCCCUCCCUUACCCAAGAUGAGGGUCUUGAGGAUGGUGAAUCUGGAUCCCCGACUCUCCCCACCAAGAAGGACGAGGAGUUCCGACCCUUCAUCCGCCGUCUGCCGGAGUUCAAGUUCUGGCACUCCGCCACCCGCGCCAUUGCCAUCGGUUUCGUCUGCUCCUGGUUGGCCGUCUUCGAUAUCCCCGUGUUCUGGCCGGUGUUGGUUGUUUACUGGAUCAUUCUGUUUGUGUUGACCAUGCGCCGACAAAUUCAGCACAUGAUCAAGUACCGUUACGUGCCCUUCUCUGAGAGCUCCACGACCAUGGGCAGUGAUACGAAUAUGCCAGCAGUAUUCUCAAUAUCGACCAGGAUCACAGUUCUCUUCACAGGCUGGACAACCUCUACCACGACUCAAUACAUCCUGACGCUGGUAUUCCUCUUCCUGCUCGCGAUCUUCAAUCGUUUCCUCGGCGCUUUCAAGUUCCAGCUCGAGCAAUCCUGGGCUCACAAUGACUCGACCCCAGCUCUGAAUCUUGCCCCAGGUCACCGGAAAAUCCCAAAAGCAAAGCUCAGCCCUCUGCCUACCUACAUGCGUGUGAAUAAAGACGAAGACGAAGACCCUGAAGAACCGUCUAGUUUGAUGGAUGACACCGAUAAAAGCACUCCCAAUCUUUUGGUAACUCGCUCACGAAAAUGCGUGUCUGUCAGACAUCUGUUCUCGUGGAAGGCGAAUGGGUAUUGGAGUCUCCAGAAAGAUGGAACACGUUCGUUGAUCGAGACUGUUAGGGCUUUGAUUGGUUACCUGCUAAUGCUAGCCGUAAUGACAUUCAACGUUGGUGUCUUUCUUACUGUGCUGUGUGGUGUUAUGGUGGGAGAAUUAUUCCUGGGAAGGUUCUCUCAGGGAACCUCUGGGUGGCAGGAAGGGACUUGUCACGGAUGA